AUGCUAACCCUUAGAAAAGCUAAGGGACAUGAGGGCAAGUGCACACCCAACGUACUACCAUGUCGAAUCAAUUUUAGCGGACCAGUGGGUGUAUCUAAAAGACAUUGGCAUCCUAUUAAAAAAUCAGAUGGGAAUUCGGUUGUCUAUUUCCGAGGUAAAAAGCUUUAUGGAAAACGGAUUCAUAUACCAAAAAACUAUCGUGGAGUGGUUUUAUCCAAAUCUGAUCAGGAUUUACCAGAAACUAUGCCGACUGAAGAAAACAUCGAAGAAGAAGCAAAUCACUCGAUGAGUACUGAAUGUCUUGAAGAGAAGCAAGAAUUUGAAGAUAUCGUGGUCUGGGGACACGAGACUUUACCUGACGAAAGUUCUGACCCGUAUCUCAGAGGCAUAAACGAUUGGAUAGCUUUGACAAAGCUGAUUCACGCGCACGAAAAUGAAGAUUAUGUACCUGGAGACGAAAAACUACAUUAA